AUGGGAGAAAUCUAUUCCCAAAGCGCACUUGUUCUCUGUUCGCUGGGACUCUUAAGUGAUCCGAUAGGUGCUGCCAUCGAUGUUGUACAAAUCACAGCUUUUGAGCGAUUUUCCCGUUGUGCAAAUAUGGAAGAUCGCAACAAUCACCAGAAGUUGAGAGGCUGUAUUGCACAGUUACAUGAUCGCUUGGAAGCGUUCAAGAAGCUCAAUGAUUUGAAGCAACUUCUAGUCGCCGAUAAAACAUCCGCAAUACCCAGGCUAGUUGGAUAUAUCGAGAUUUAUGAGCUUGCGAAUGCACUUGAACACGCGACUACAGUCAUCAUACGGGUACUGCGAGGGCCAUAUGGUUCGGAACUAGGGCUUUGCCAGAAGGACCUGGUAAGCAUACAUCUGGAAGUCAAAGAUUGGCAUGACCGGCUUCAAAGACAGACCAGCAAGCUCGAUGGCAACUUGAUCAAAGACUCUCACCGUGUGGUUUUUCUGUUGGAACUGGUGUCUUCCAGGAUUCGCAGGUUCCAACAGACAGUCAAAGAUUUAGCUGAACAAGUGAUUGCUGAUGAAGGGUACGAUCAUAUAUUAUGGCUUGAGGAGUAUCCUUCGCUCUGUGCAGUGGAGGAAAUAGUAGGGAAAUCCCCUCGGAGUCCCGCCCAACCACUUUUUGACCUUCCGUACUGGAGCCGCAUAUGGAUACGACAAGAAAUUAUUCUCGCUAAGCAAGCAGUUUUUAUUUGUGGAUCCCGAUCAUUUUCCCUUCAGACGUUGGAAUACUUUUCAGCUUGGUUGGGAUGGAUCUUGAGUCCAUUAAACUCUUCUUGGUGCCAGAAAGAAAAGCUUUUCAAAUUGGUAUUGGCAUACCAACAAAACUGGAAGCUUCUACACCACAUCUUUGCAAGUCGACGAAACCAAGGACUUCCAGUUGGAGACUGGUUGAGUCAAAGUCAUUUCAUGACCAAUGUCUGGUGCCACUCAUCAGACGCUUGUGCGACCAACCCCAAGGACUAUUAUUAUGGCUUUCUUGGUAUUACAAAGCUUAACAUUGUCCCUGAUUAUAGUCCAGAGAAGUCUAUCGGAUCUAUCAGCAAGGAAUUCAUGAGGGAAUAUCUCAAAGUCUACCGUGACCCAUCCUUAUCCAUAGAUCCCCUGGGAGGGCCCCUCGGCCUUCUUAUGUUUGCAGGAGUUGGUUAUGGCUGGAAAGCCGACCCUGAAAUGCCAUCAUGGGGUCCAAACUUCCCUGGAGAGGUACAAGCGAAGCCAUCUUCCAGGGGUGUUGCAGAUGCAGUGGUUUUUCCAGGCGACAGAGAUAUUGAGAGUAUUUUUGAAAAGGAACCCAACGAAAGAAUAACCGGUUCGGACAUGGAGGUCACAUUACAUAUCCUGGACCGCAUCGAAAUGAUAGGUCCGAGAGUCUCUGACUAUGGAAGACCCGAGCUUCUCCACUCAAAAGGCUUGCCAAUAACCUGGCCCCUGGACUUUGCCCUACGCCAUGAGAGCUACGUAUCAGGGGGCCACCCAUUGGCUGCUUUUCGUCAUCUACUCGAACCAUUGACUACUUUUGAGAGUAAAGAGACUGGUUUCCCUAUUGAAAACGGCCUGGAGUUUGUGAAGUUUUUGGGUCGUUUCAAUAGUCGAUUCCAGAAACGUGGCUCUAGAGCCACGUUGGCCCGUUUUUGUUGCGUGGCAAAUUUUCUUGAACAAGUCCCCGUGAGUUUUUCUUCUCUAACUUUGUAUCCUCGCUUAAUCAUCAAGGAUCCCAAUGAACAUGAUGACUCGGACGCAUACACGAAAGAAUGUCGCUACAUUGAAAUCCUCGGCGCCAAGUGUAAGCCGUACAACCAUGCUAUAGCAGAGACAAAGAAAGGAUUUGUUGGGAGGUUUCCCCCGAGGAUACAGGAGGGCGAUUUGAUUUGUCUACUCAACGGCCUCAACCAAGUAGCCGUUCUACGGCAAGCUGGGAAGCGUUAUCAGUUCAUUGGGACGUGUUUUGUCGCGGGGUUGACAAGAGUCAAACCUAUUAAGUCAUUAAUUGAUCUCUAUAGCCUGAAGGCCAAGAGGGUCACCUUGAGGUAG